AAAAGAUGGAAUCACGACAGCAACGGAAAGAGAAACUGCUUAGCGUGGAGGAAAUAUUCGCUGCUGCCGCUUCGAAAUUUCAAGCUGGGCUCUCGGACGAAGACAAGAUAGAAUGCAAGGUCAUCCAAGGUCCACAGGAUUUAGUAACUGCUCUAGAACAACACAUUAAAAGUUUGGAAUCUCGGCAUCAAUCACGACUACUAGCUGCGUGUACCAAGAUCGACGAUUUUGGUAAGGCCAUAAAACAGUAUUUCGAGGUGGUUAACAUAUUUGUGUCAAGUCAGCCAGACUGGGCAGGGAUUUUACGGGGGGCUGCUUGCUUUGUCUUUCAGCUUAGUUGCAAUUAUGUGAUGUUUUUUGAGAAAUUGGCAAUCAUGUACCAACAGAUGGCCGAACAUCUACCUUCAUAUCAUCAACAUCUUGAUAUGUUAGGAGGUAGAGCAAAGAACGGGAAGUGGGGCCCAUCUCACGAACGCCUGGUCAAAUCACUGUCGUUUGUUUAUACCGAUAUCAUGCAAUUCUGCUGUGACUGCCGCAAUUUGUUUUACACCAAGCGUAUGGACAUUCGAUCCAAAGCAAAAAUUAUUAUGGAUUUAAUGUGGACCCCGUUUGAUGUACGUUUUUCAAAGAUACUUCUUCGAUUCGACAAGCACAGAAAGCUUUUUGAAGGGGGCCUCGACGACGUUUACAAACAAGAAAUGCUUUGGCAUUACGAUGCAAUCGAAGAAGAGCUCCAAGGGAACGCGAAGGCCCGAGAAGCAAGCCUAGAGAAGAUAGACAAGAUGGAAGCAGACGAGCUGCAGUCAAGAAAGUCUGCAAUAAGGCAUUGGAUCUCUGCCCCGAGUUGGCGCGCCAUAUACAAUGAUGCCUGCCGAAGUCGGACGUUGAGAACAGGGGAAUGGUUCUUCAAUGACCCAACAUUUUGCAAAUGGGCCGAAAGCGGAGAUAUUUCUUCAAAAGAAGAUUUUUCACACCGAGUAUUGAUAGUAUCAGGAAAACCAGGAUAUGGCAAGACAGUUCUCUCGAGUUUUGUAAUAGAUCACCUCCAGGAGAAGCUUUUAUGCUCUGGGAAAGAUGUGGUUGUCUUUUUCCACUUUGAUCAACAACACCGGGGCUUUUCUUGCAGCAGCGAUGCCUUUCGAUCGGUCCUAACACAGUUGCUUCAUGUCUAUAGCGCGAACGGGGAGAGAGACCUUGUUGACAUCGCCUCUCUCAUUAUGAAUGCCACCGGAAGUGGACAAAACUUAGCAUCGGAAGAAGACGUUCUCGACAUUCUUGGCGUCUACAUUAAACGAUGUCAUCCAUCGUAUUUUGUAUUCGAUGGAAUGGACGAGUGCUCUAACUAUACAAACUUCAUCCUUGAUCUUGAGCAACUCACUAGCGGCACAAAGGCCAAGAUUCUACUUUUCGGCCGACCUCAUCUGCGUUAUCCUAAUGUGCGCCUAUCAGACACGAACCACAUAUUACUCAGCACUCGAGAGAAUCUUCAAGAUCUAAAAACUUAUCUUCAUCCUCACAUCCUCGCCUUGCUUGACAAGAAAGCUAUUGCUAGGAAGAGGCCUGAUGAUGCGGGAGUCAUUGCUGCACACCUCUCCCACAAUUCAAAUUCUAUAUUCCUUUGGGCAACUCUCAUGGUCGCGUAUUUGAAAUCUCCUUCCCUGACCUCCAAGGAACGUUUGGAUACAAUAGAGCAAGUUAACCUCUUUACUGGUCUCGAUGUUAUGUUCACUAGAAUUUUGGAACGUGUCGAAAAGAGCACUCCUCGAACUCAGUGGAAUAGGAUACAAAAUACUUUCCAAAUGCUGACCGCUGCACUCCGUCCCUUGGAAGCCAAAGAGUUGAAGAUCUUGAUGGCUGUGAAGAGGGAUACUGCUAUGUCGGAGGACGAUCAAAUUCAAGACUUCGACGACUCUCUCGUCCAAAUGUGUGGCUCCUUAGUAGAGAUUCGACCAGAUCAAACUGUUGCUUUCAUACACCUUUCGGUUUCUGAGUUUCUCACACAAGUAGGACCGAGACCGAGCUGUCCUUGGCCCUUCCAUGUCCAGUUGCACGCGGCUCACCGCAUGAUGGCGAUCCAAUGCAUAUCUUAUAUGCUCAACGAAGUUCCCCAUAGCCCGUUGAGUGGCUGUUCAUCGACGACUAUCACCUCGGAGCUGGUGGAUAUGCGCUUUCCACUCUUACAGUAUUCGGCACUGAACUGGGUGAGCCACGUGCAGCAUUGUCUUCAAUUUGAGUUGAUCGAUGACAUCAAGAAACUGAGCACUAUUAACGAGUACAAAAUUCUCCUGUCUCAGAUUCUCAAAGCAGUGUCGAGUCGGGAACUUGUUAGUAUGUGGAUUGAAACGGGAUGGAUAUUUGGUAUUCCACCGAGUUUGAGGAACAUGCCACUUAUUAUUAAGUCUGCUCUGGAGAUACUUGAGGUACCACAUCUAGGGGAAGUUGCUACGCUUACUGCGAAACUGGAAUCUCUCUCCACAUACAUGUCGAAUCUCGAGCUACAAUGGAGUCGGGUUUUGGAACUAAAUCCAAAUGAAAUCUGGCUACCGAGCAUUCAGACUUUUACCAAGUCUGAGCUCUCAGUAGGCAGCAAUGUAUCAAGUCUGGUCUCACUAAGCUCCCCGGAAGAUGUGGAUGCCAUUUUAUUGGCAUCAAAAGUUUCAGACAGUGGGUCUGAGGUUGGUGUGCUUAAAGUAUGGCCGUCACAUAAGACCAGAAGGUCCUGUCAAAAGUUGUCUCCGUGGAAGGCAAGCUACCAAAUUUGGUCACUGGAGACUAUGAAAGAGAUCAAAAUUGUCCGAUUCGAGAUUCCAGCAUGCCAUACGAGUUUCCAAAAGGACAAAUAUAAUGCCGACCGCCAAGCAUUUCGAUUGCCGGUUACUUUCUCACCAUCGCUGAAUCUGAUUGCAAUUGGAGAUGUCAUUCUUCAAACUAAUCGGGCUAUUAAAGGCACAAUUGACCUAGUUCAGCCAGAGUCUCAGGCAAUCCAGGUGUCUAGCUGCCACUUCUUCCCAACAAUUGAUAGAUGGCCAAAUAUCCCACAAAAAGCUGUUGAUAGUAGUCAACUACUCGCGGAGGAACUUAAUUGCCAUGCCCAUCUGAGGGGAUCUGGGGAACAUGAUUGUUAUCAGUGGUAUCACUACUCGUUUUCUCCUGACGAAAGGUUUUUCCUCAUGCUGGAGGGCCAUGGGCCACCAGACAUUGACGUUCCAGGUGGGCCAUGGGUGCUGAAUACUUUCGAAAAUUCGACUCCAGGGUCCGUUAAACCUUUGUUCAAAUUGGUCGCAAUGAUACAGAUUGGGCUUAGAAUCUUUCGCGCUUCUACCUGGAGCGAUGGAAGUCCCCUUAGCAGCAUCUCCUGCUUCCAUCCUUCAAAACCAGUCCUUGCCGUGUGCGCGUCAGGAAGGACAUCUUUGUGGAAGUUCAGUGAGGCUGGAAACAAGUUAAUCGAAGUCUACGGAACGUCUCUCAAUAACAUGCAAUUCUCGAAAUGCGGUAACUAUCUGUACGGCCUGACGAUUCAAGACAAAAUUCCCGUAUUUCUGUACAUUGAGCCCCAUCUCUCCAAUACCAUUAAAUCGAGAAGUGGGGCGUUGGAAAGCCCAACCGCGAAGCAGCAACUAGCGAUUACUGUGCAAUUCGAGCACCUUAGGGAUGGUGCGAGCUGCUCUUUGGUCGAUGCCAAGGAGAGAACUUUAAGUUCAACGACCAUGCCCGUUUUUUCAAAAGACAGGGGCCAACUACAACUUUCAGCUCUUCGACAAAAUAACAAUGACGGGGAAGUCACCCUGACAACAGCACGAGCAGAUGGGACGAAACUUCACGAAACCAUCACAAAGCUCCCAAAGUCUACGAGUCUAGAGCAAAGCUAUUCGACUCUUGUCCCAAGUAAUUGCCACAGAAACCUGCGCAUAGUUUUGAACAUGGCAGCACAAGAUUCAUAUUUGAUGGGUGAAUCGGCAGACUUUGCAUUGCCUCUGGUUCUCGACAGACAAAGGAACACUAUACCAUCAUUUUCUUGGAAGGAUCCAAAUAAACGGGGCCUGGAAAGUUAUCAGGAGUGCUCUGGACCUUCCAAUCCGCACUAUUUGAAGCGUUCGCGUUAUAGCUAACUUUUCCAUACGGUCAUCUCACCGCAUCAAACCUCCGUUCUUUCUAAUGCCGUUAGUCAGAUCGUCGCUCUGUUCAGGCGCUACCCACCCUCGCCUCGAGUUAACCAGUCACUUUCCUGAUCUCACUCCCAUUAACUAAUAUGAUUUACAUACCAGUCGGCUGUGCCUUGC